AAAACAUUCCGCGCCCAGGGCCUGUUAACCAUCAACUACUCACGUUGCCACUGCGUGCCCAUCGUGCGGACCGUGUAUGGUAUGAACCAGAUUCCAAAGACUCGUGCUUGAAAUGCGUCAAUUGCCCUACAGCUGCAUUCGGAGAUGAAGAGCGACAUGAAAGAGUGAUAGAUAUGUUAGCAUAUGCUGGGUUCUUGGGGGUAGAGCAUUGGUCGGCUACGGUCAUACUCAUAUUUUGCAAUAUGGCCGAAAUGCAUUACCCCGAUCGAUUUCUUCGGCAGUUCCAUAUAAGGCAAGAUAUUCCGAAUGCUCCUUUGACGGGUACUGAUAAUCACGACAAACGUUCCAACAUAGUAACCGGUGCAUUGGCAAUGUGGGCGGCCAUACAACAUAAUAUAUACUUUCUUGAUUAUGAGCGACAUAUGUCCCUCGAAGCAACUAAUAGAUACUGAAAAUGGUACAAGAAGCAUGGUAUGACACGUGUCCAGAACCCUUCUCACAAUGUGCCCACGACAGACUACACCCUGACAUCACACGAUUGGGGUAUUGUGAAGCAAUGCGUUCACGAGGUGUAUCAGCUCUUAGUCGACUGCACGAGUUAUGAGGACUGUCAAAAACGACUACGGCAGAUGGCCCUGGACGUAGGUGAUGAAGAGAUGCUCCAUCGGGGCAUAUUCCAUUAUGAAGAUAAAGAUGAAGGUGGAAGUGACGAAGAGGAUGAUGCAGCUGAACAUGAAGGUGGGGGUGAGGACUCACAAUCGCCCCCUCAAUUCUCAACAAAGGGUGUUUCAUUUGAUCAAUCACCCCCUCAAUUCUCAACACAUCAAGGUGUCUCAUUUGAUCAACCACCGCCGUAUUAUGAUUCUUAUCAGUGCUCCACACAAGCGGAUGAUUAUGUUGAGUCAUUUCUGAAUUCGUCGUUUUACUAUGGAGACACAACGGGGCCUUGGAACACUGGCGGUGGGGAUGGAGCAAGGCCGAGCACGCAACGUUAGAUGUAGUAUUAAAUUUAAUAUUGUAUGUACUGUCUAUUCAUCAAUAAAUUACAUUGAAAACUACAUUUGUUUUGUUCACUUCCAUUAAAAUUACAAAAAUUGC